GAAGACGGAGGAUGAGUAAUCCAGGCAGGGAGGGAGGGGAGACGAGAGAGGUGCUCAAACAGUGUGGGAGAGAGAGGGGAGGAAGGGAGGAGACCAUUGCAUCAUCACCAUCAUCAUCAUCAGUGAACGUGCAAAACGACAGGCUGAGGAUUCAAAAAAAUCAUCCUGCUGAGCAGAGUCUGAUCGGAGCGUGCUAAUUCCUAAAGCGCUCACUACCAGCACUGGAAGAAGGGAUCAGGAGAUUAUUAUCCAUGCUUCUGGAUUUUACUGCAACAGAUUUACACCUGGAGCACAUAGCUGAAAGGGGAUAAUCUGCGUUCAAUCUCUUCAUAUGUGGCUGACCACAGGGGAUGAGGCUAUUUUUUUGGGUUGAAGGCUGAGUGAGUUAUCCUUUAACUUAAAGGACAUCAUGAUUUUUGGAGCAGCAAAAAAUACAUGUUCCUACCCUGUCAACAUGAUCCAGGGACCGGAUUAAUAUCUGGACCCAUCUCAGUGACAGAACUGCUUUUUUGGACACAUUCGUCUUGGGACCUGGUUUAUCCCUCGAUCGGUGUAUUGGCAUGUUCUGUUUCUGCCUGCAGAGUUCUCUGCUUAAGCUCCAGGCUCUGGAUGUAGAGGGGGGGUCCUCGCAGGGGCUAUCCCCAGAAGAAAGCCCACCUGCUUUGGGCAGUAAGGAACAUAAGAGCGCCUGUGUCCCUGCUGAGCUGGGAGGGAAGGAUGGGAGGACCACAGCACUGUGCCACAGAGCCCCAACAGAUGAGAAGCACCAACCAGCAGAGCUCCUGACAGUCCUAACGAGACCUUCACAGCCCCCCAGACAUCAGCCACCAGCUUUCAUUCAUCCCAGCCAACAGCCCCUGGUCUCUGAGGGAGUGCUCUCCCCCAGUCCUCAUCAAUCCCCACAGAGGAGCAGUCCUGGAAUUGAGGUGGGAGGAGGAGAAGGAUCACAGGGAGGAGGUGGAGCUCUGCUCCAGCUGUUGGCAGGACUCCCUAGUCCUCUGCCUUCUCCGCGGUGCUGUAGUCCCAGCCUGAGGUUCAACUCUGACCCAGAUACAGCUCCAUCACCACCCUGCAGCCAGCAAUACAUUCUGUGCAGGAGUCUGGGGGACAGGAAUGAGGUUUCAGAGGAUGAAUGUCCCACAUCUAUCCCUUUCCUAACCCGACACAUUCAGAGCCUGAAGAAGAGGGUUCGCAGGUUUGAAGAUCAGUUUGAGCAGGAAAUGAACUACAAGCCGUCCCACAAUGACAAAUACUCAAACCCAGAGAUGGUCAGAGUGAUGAGUGAGCUGGCAAAAGCUCGCAAACAGCUUAAAGAGAUGAGACUUCGACAGUCAGUGUUUGAGUCGAAAGAAGAUGAAACCAGCAACUCCUCCAGAUCGGGCUUCAGCCAGCAGGGGACAUCGGACCACAAACCAUCUCUGGAAGAAACUGUGGAGUCUCUGUUCAGGCGUCUUAGAGAAAAGAGGCAGUCACUGGGUCUCCCUGACAACAUAAAGGAGAUGACACAGGCACAGAUGGUUCUGGAGAAGAUUACACUGCAGAAAUGUCUGCUGUAUUUCGAGAGUGUUCAUGGCCAACCGGGAACAAAACAGGAGAAGAACUUGGUAAAGCCUCUUUAUGACCGAUACCAGAUGAUCAAACGGUUACUGUGUGCCAGCCCAACAAUCACCACAAUAGAGGAAGAGGAGGGUUCGGAUGAAGAAUGUUUGAGCUCGUCGUUGGUUAGUGAUGUUCCAGUUCUUCCUCCUUGCAGGGUGACAUGGCCAGCGGCCAGUGAAGAAGACAGUGACCGGGACAGCGACCCCGCCUUUGUGUCCCCAAUAGAUGAGGUGAAAGCCAUGCGUCAGCAGGUUGCUCUCACCACUGCCAACCUUCAUGAAGCUUCCAGAUCUCAGCUGCUGGAGUGUUUGCGGCAAACAAGAGCUGAGAAGAAGAUCAGAAGGAAAGUUCUUAGGGAGUUUGAGGAUGAGUUUUACCGUCAGACUGGACGAGUCUGCCAAAAGGAGGAUCGUACUCCGAUAAAGGAAGAAUACCAGGAAUACAAACAGCUCAAAGCAAAGCUACGACUGCUGGAAGUUCUGCUCAGCAAACAGGAUGUUACUAAAACCCCCUGAGGACAAACAACACAGAAGUAAACCAAGAAAAAAACCUGUAUCAGAUGUUAAAAUGUGUGCCAUAUAUCAGACAGGAGCCUAUUAUAUAUCUUAAAGAUAGCCGUGUUUCUGAUGUGUUCGAAUAUGAUUCUGACAUGUUUCCCACAUAUUCUGAUAUUUUUUAAGUGUUUCAACCUUUUUCAGGUAUUCCACCUGAUUUGCCUUUGACCUCUCAGAUAUCAAACAUAUAGCAGAAUCCACUUACAGUAUUCUUCCACAGCAAUGUUGCUAUGUGUCAACAUGAGUGGCAGGAAAUCUGUUCACCAAGUUUGUACAAUGGGUCCAAAGAGUUGUUGAAUAUGACCAUGAUCAAUGGAAAACAUGUUUAUGGGGAGUUACAUGAUGCUAAAGUGCUAAACUGUCUAAAUUGUCAGACUUACCAUACUCUUACUUGGCAUCUUCCACUUACCUUGGGAAGGGUUCUGGGGCAGCAGUCUCAGCAGAGAUACCAAGACUUCCCCCUCUUCAGACACCCUCUCAUACUCCUCUGUGGAAAGUCCACUGGUAUCCUAGGCCGGCAAAGGGGCUUAACCCCUAGUGUGUCCUCCCAGUGGGACAUGCCUGUUACCCCUACAAAGGGAUGCGUCCAGGGCCAUCUGAAACAGAUGUCCGAGACAUCUCAGCUCUAAACUGGGCUUAUUCCAGAUGGCAAAGCUCUUCAUUCUAUUUCUGAGGGAGUGCCCAGUUGCCUUAUGAAAGAAAAGUAUUCCAUCUUCUGGUAUCCGGGAUCACGUUCUUUCGGUCAUAACAAAUUGUAUUAAAGAAUGAAACGUAGACCAAGCAGUAAAUCAAGAGCUUUGCCUUUACGCUCAGCUUUCUUUUAAACACAGCAGACCU